AUGACGAGCGAGCACAAGUAUUCGGUCUUACUGCCCACGUACAACGAGCGCGAAAACUUGCCACUGAUCAUCUGGCUACUGGACAAGACGUUCACGGAAAAUAACCUCAAGUACGAGAUUGUGGUCAUCGAGGACAACAGUCCAGAUGGGACACUGCAGGUGGCACGCGACCUGCAGCAGAUUUACGGCAAAGACGUGAUCGUGAUCUUACCACGAGCAGGUAAAUUGGGACUGGGAUCCGCCUAUCGUGAUGGUCUCAAGCAAGCCACAGGGAACUUUGUGUUCCUCAUGGACGCCGAUCUCUCGCAUCAUCCCAAGUUCAUUCCCGAGUUUAUCAAGAAACAGGCAGGAGGGAACUGCGAUAUUGUCACCGGCACGCGCUACGCGUCGGGUGGUGGUGUGUACGGCUGGGACCUGCGUCGUAAGCUGACGAGCCGCGUGGCCAAUUACCUCGCGACGGUGCUGCUGAAUCCAUCCGUGACGGAUCUUACGGGCAGCUUUCGUUUGUACAAACGCGACGUCCUCGAAGACAUCAUGCAAUCCAUUCAGGGUCUGGGUUACGUGUUCCAGAUGGAGAUCCUCGUGCGCGCUCGCCAACGCCAGUACUCAAUUGCCGAGGUGCCGAUUACGUUUGUCGAUCGUAUCUAUGGCGAGUCCAAGUUAGGUGCCGGGGAGAUCGUCGCGUACCUCCGAGGCCUGCUAAACCUUUUCUUUACAACGUAA